UUCGGCAAUUGCGUAACGGAGACUGAGAUCAAUUCUUGAUGAAGCUCAGUUCUGGAGAACAGUUUCGACACAUUAUUACCAUCAUUUUUCGUAAGAAACUCAUCUGUCAACAUGGCAAUGAGAGAUCUUGUUGAGGGGGAAUGUGGUACGGCCAACCCCUUGAUGCGUUUAACAUCUCACUUCACCCAAGACAAAUCUCUCCAUCAGGAGGGUCUCCAGCAUCUCCCAGGGCCUGGUGGGUUUGUGCAGGGGGCAAGACCCUUCCUUGAAGCUCCAGACCAAGAGUUGGUCAAUGAGUUCCUGUCUGAUCAGCAUCGCCAUGCCGGUCCACCUCAGACGUUCCGUAUGGAUGCCCUUCUUCAAGAAAUGCAGGAGAUUGAAGGCUUGCAUCACCGCCAAGCCCUAGCCCAAGCCCCAGGGGUAGCAGACCUUGCCUCCAGGGCAGAUUGGGCUGCAGAAUUUCUUGAGGCGGAACAGAAGAGGGCAGAGGAAAUUGUUGAUGACACUGAUCUCAACUGGACAAAAGAUUUCUUGGACUCGCAAAGAGAAUCAGUGGGACCAGAUAUUAUACCCACAACUGAUACAAAAUGGGCAGAAGAAUAUCUGGAGCAGACAGAGGAUAAACUAUGGACUGAUGAAUUCAAUAGCCAGACUGAAGAUGCUAGGUGGAUUGACGAGUUCAAAGGAGAGCAACAAUCAAAAGACGAGCUUGCCCAAACAGCUACUCAGCUCCUGGGCUCCAUGGAUGAUCCCAAGUUCCAGAGUUCAGAGUUUAUGAAAUUUAUCAAGAAGUUGAGUGAUGGUGACAUAACGGUAGAAGGGAAUGAGGUUCGGAAUAAAGACGGGUCAUCCACCGAUGCUACCGCGGAAUCGUGGUCUUCUGAAUUUGCAAAUCAGCAGGAGUACACAGCAGAGGAAUGGGCUCGGGACUUUGACCAGGAGAAGACGGUACCCGCGGACCAGGAAUUCUGGGAUAGAUUGCAGAAGGAAUGGGAGGAUAUGGGUAUGAAAGAAUCAAGGGAAGAACACCCGUGGCUGGAUGAGUUUCAUGCUGAUCAAACCGGUGACCAGCCAUAUUCAUUUGAGAGUGAAAACCAUCUUCUCGAUCAUCCUUCACCUUUUGAAGAAGGCCUCAAGAAAUUAAAAGAAGGAGAUCUUGCGAAUGCUGUCCUUCUCUUUGAAGCGGAAGUCCAGAAAAAUCCUACUCAUGUGGAAGCAUGGCAGUAUCUCGGAACAACUCAAGCAGAAAAUGAGCAAGAACAAGCAGCAAUAUCAGCCUUAAGAAAAUGUUUAGAAUUGAGUCCGGCCAAUCCUUCAGCACUCAUGGCUCUAGCAGUGAGCUACACCAAUGAGGCUAUGCACAAUAAAGCAUUAGACAUUUUAAAACAGUGGAUCUCUUCGAAUUCCAAGUAUUCAAGUCUUGUCAAACCAGAGGGAGGGGAUCCAGAUGGUGCAACAGCUGCUCGACAUGAGUUGACAUCACCAAUGAUGUCCUUGUCACUACACACAAGUGUUCAAGACCUGUUUCUAGAGGCUGCUAGGAAGUCACCGGAAGCUGUAGAUGCAGACAUCCAGAAUGGUUUAGGGGUACUCUUCAAUCUUUCUCAGGAGUAUGACAAAGCCGUUGACUGCUUCAAAUCUGCUCUCUCAGCCAGACCUGAGGAUGCCUUGCUAUGGAAUCGCCUCGGAGCGACGCUCGCCAACAGUGGGCGGAGCGAGGAGGCCGUAGAUGCCUACCACAGAGCUCUGGAGAUUGCCCCUGGAUUUGUCCGAUCAAGAUAUAAUCUCGGUAUCAGCUGUGUCAACCUCGGUGCACACAAACAAGCUGUUGAGCACUUCCUGCAAGCGUUGAACCUUCAGCGCAGCGGCCACGGACCACAGGGCCAAAAGUCCCAGAUGUCAGAGAAUAUCUGGAGUACACUACGAAUGGCUGUAUCACUCAUGGGAAGGGUACAGUUAUACGAUGCUGCCGACAGACAUGAUCUAGAUCUGCUCAAUAAUGAAUUCAACGUUUCAAAGUGACUGGAGCCUUAUCCUAAAGUGCAGCCAAUUACCUCAGAAUAUAAAAGAUCCUUCAAAAGGUUGAUCCAUGAUUGGCGACGUUGCUGUGAAUGCUAUUAUUGCAUCCAUGCAGACUGUGUAAGGUCAUCAAUUCCAACACUUAACUGGUGGUUCUAAUCAACUAUUGGGUCAAUCGUCUCCACUGCAUGCACGUUUUGGAGAACUUUGCCCUGUCUUCAUGAAGAGUGAUUGAUUCAGAUGAAUUUCAGCUAUGGAAAGCCGUUGAAGCCUUGAUUGGUAAUCUACAUGUAUAGCUUACAGUACACUGUAGUCCAUAGCUCUUGAGAGACAAUGUGUAAUCAAGGAUGGGAUUAAUUAGGAUUAAUCAUAAGUAUGGAAAGACAAUGAAGCCUUGAUUGGUCAUUUAUAGCAUACAGUACAUAGCUCUUAAGAGAUAAUGUGUAAUCAAUGAUGCGAUUGAUUCAAAUAUAUUUUGUCUGUGGAAAGCCAGUUAAGUUAUUUAUAACAAUGCCAUCGGCUAAUGCUAUUCAGUGCAAUGAGUUCAAAUUCAAGAUCAAUGCCAGUUUUGGUAAUGAUAACAAAAUCAGUAUCCAAUAAAAUGACCAUCCACUGUCUGCAUGCAUAAAUAAAACUGUGCCAAAGUUUUCUGGAAGAAAUGUGUAAUUGCUGAGAAAUUAGAAAAAUAAGCGUGGUAUUCCUAGAUGCUGUGUUCUUGUCCAAGCAUUAGUAUACAAAUAAUGCAAGUAAGUGCAUGCAUGCAGGGCCAGGUAAUUAACGAUGUGAGAGAAGAGCCAAUGGGUAUAUCGUACUGAGGUCCACAGGACAGAGCGCUGUAUAUCCAUUUGGCGAGUCGAGCACAGAGUUCAUUAUUUAGGUCCUCUAUGCCCAAGAAUGCGUGCAUUGUUUUAAUUCGCUGAAUAUGUGAUCCGCUUAGGACCAAUCAGAUUACAGAACAUUUUGGGAGUUGUAUAAUAAUACACUCUCCCACAUGUCUUGUGUUGGCAAUCUUUGGUGUCGUUUUUCAGUUAGGAUUUCGAGAUUUCACAAAGUCCGUUUAGUUAACUCUGCCAGGUUCCUAUAACACAAAGCUUAGCAAUGUUUGUAGAAAAUUUUUCUACGAUUGAUUGCAUUGACUACAGUGUCCAAUCAAUCAUGAAAAUCGAGCGUACGAUUAAUCACUCAUCUUUGUGUUACGGGACCCAGAUAUGGAUCUAGGAUGACAUAGUAACAAUUAAACUUGGGUUUACAUACUUUCUCAUUGUUUACUGCAUCUGCAUUCAUUUGUAUUCAAUUUUGACUCUGGAAAUCCAUUAGAGCCUUUAUUGGUCAUGUACAUGUAUUUCAUACACUGUACACCAUCGCUUAAUUAAUGUUGUUGGUAUCUAUCAUCGAAUCGAGAAUGAUCGGUGACCUGAAAUUACUUGUGCAUGCUCUUGGAAUAAUCUUUAAGGUGUGCAUUGUAUAGCCGACAGUAUUAUUCUACCUGUAAAUGAAAGUGUGAUGAUUUGGGUUAGUGUUAUAAUUCUUUGAUCUUGCCAAUCCUUUUUCCAUUUACAUGUACAUAUGUUAUACAUGGAGAGGGAAGAAAUGCUUUGGUGCAAUUAUCUUUAUUUUCUAUUGCUUUUGAUUAUAUGAUAAUGUCCAAUAUUUGAGUUUUAACCUUCAAUCCAGCAAAGAGGAGUACAAUAUGCAUGUCGCCUGUAAUGUUAUCUAUAGAACCGCAUUGUUAAUUUUUUUCACAAUUAUUUUCAUUUUUUGGGGUGUUGAAUUAUGCUCAUUUAUAUUUAAAUAUGAUGUAUUAUUUUGCAAUAAAUCAUUGGAGGGAGCUUGGGGUACUCUUAAAGUUUGUCUCAUGUACUAUUCCUGACAAAUAAGCAUUAAAAAUUGAUAUUUGACACAUAUUUUUAAAAUUUUCCUAACAAUGUUUUUUUUUAUACCCCUUUGAAACAAAGUUUGAAGGGCAUCAUGUAUAGAAAUCAGUAUACGGUCGGGCAUUAAACUACUUCCUCAGGUUUUUACCUGGCAUUUGACAUAAGAUGCAGAACCCCUCCAGAUGCCCAAAUAAUGAAAAAAAAAUGUAUUAUUUUGGUUUUUUACCAUAAUUUGGGCCAAAGACCACUUUGGAAAUUCAAUAAGGCAAAUUUUAGAUUACUUCUUUGCUUUUUAAUGAUUUUAAAGUGCCAUCAUUGAAAAUGUCAGUUUUAGAUACAUGCAGACAUUGAAGUGAUCUUAUUUUUUCCAAACAUCCAUAAAAAUACACAUUUUUACCAUUUUCCACAACACUUUUGAAAAACCUUUCUGACCUUUAACAAAUAAUUGUUACCAAGAUGAUUCCUCUAGAUAGUAGACUGACAUGGUCACUUUAAAACUAGGAAUACAGUACUUAUCAUGAGAAAAUUUGUGGGAGUAUUAGAAUGAAUAGGUUUCAUAUAAAAUUUAUCGAUGAUAGUAUCCCGGGUUAUCUUACAGAUUAUAUAUAUAUGUUUUUAUUUUCAUGCAUCUCAAUAAGUGUAUAUGUUUGUUAUAAAAUAAAUUGCUCAAUCGAGUGCACAGAAA